CUUGAUCUGGUCCUGAACUCUGAAGAAGGCGGAGAUCUCUCGGACUUCAUAACGAAUGGGGAGUGGUACCUUAUUGGAAUGCCCGGAAAGAAGAAUACCAUCGUUUACCAGUGCUGCCCAGAACCCUACGUAGACGUGACAUUCACCAUCCAGAUCAGAAGACGGACCCUCUACUACUUCUUCAACCUCAUAGUACCCUGCGUAUUGAUCUCAUCCAUGGCACUCUUGGGUUUCACUCUACCCCCAGACUCCGGAGAAAAACUGACAUUAGUACUUCAACUGCAUUAUGUUUAUGGUUGCUUCUUCAGUGGUGCUAACGGUGGUGGUGCUCAAUUGUCACCAUCGUACUGCAGAUAUCCAUGAAAUGCCUCAAUGGAUCAAGUCGGUUUUUCUCCAGUGGCUUCCGUGGAUACUGGGUAUGAGCAGACCAGGCAAGAAGAUAACCCGGAAAACCAUCCUGAUGAACAGCAGGAUGAAGGAACUGGAAUUGAAAGAGCGGUCUUCCAAAAGCCUGUUGGCCAACGUUUUAGACAUCGACGACGACUUCAGGAACGUAUCUGGCGCCACCAGCGGCGGAAACAACUCCACAAUAACGACCAACCUCGGCGCAGGAUUCAUCAGGCAUCCUACCACAAUAGAAGACACGACGAUACCUGGAUCCGGUGGACAACGUGAUCUGCAACACAUUCUCCGGGAGCUGCAAUUCAUCACGAACCGAAUGAAGAAAGCCGAUGAAGAGGCCGAAGUUAUAAGUGAUUGGAAAUUCGCGGCGAUGGUCGUCGACAGGUUUUGCCUCAUCAUUUUCACUAUGUUUACGAUAAUCGCAACAGUCGCAGUGCUGCUUUCAGCACCUCAUAUAAUAGUUCAAUAGGACUAGGAGAAGGCAUAGGCCGAGUAACCGCCAAUCCGGACGCCGAUUGAGACUUUGAACGUUUACUGUGAUAAAACAGCAGAUGUGUCGGCAGUUCGGCACAAUAGCAAUGUGCAAAUGUGCCUUUUCUGUGGAACAUUCACGAGCUGUUGAACAACUAAAAGGCAGGCACCUAUGUGCAAGAUAUUGCUAAUCGCUGCACUGUACACUGUACUGCUGUGGGGCCGUUGGACACUCCAUCUGUCAAAAUGUAUUUUCACUGGCAAUUGUUAUUUUCGUCGUAACGUUUUCGGCGACAUUGAACGGACUUUGGACAUGCACUUGUGUCCUGUCAUCCACUCGCUAUAUUAACUAAUUUAGGGGCGGUAUUCUCUAACUUAUACGAACAUGUUUAUAAGCGGGGUGAUAUGCAAAGUUCACAUCUACCGGUUUUUACUCGUUACUGACUUGAUGGCUCACAUCACAAUAUUGAUUGUGCCAUUGCUGCUCAUCUACCUAUCUCUAUCCAUGAAUACAUAUCAAUUGUUCUGAUGGCGACGUACCUUUAUAGCAACUGGCAUCAAUUUUGAGGGGCAGCUGGUAACAUCUUCGAUUCUCUCAGUAUAAACUUGAUUUGGGGAAAAUUCAAGGCAAGGAGUUACUGACCACUGCCAAAAAUUACAAAUUGAGUGGCCACUGUCAUUAAAGGGUAUACAGGUAACUCAAAGUAUAUGGAUCAUACAUGCGUUUUUUAAAUGAUCGGGAUACAUGCCUUUCUAUCAGUAGGAAACAAAUCCUGAGGUGGUAUUGGAUCCUUCAAACCAAGACAAAGUCAAGAACUGCACAUUUGCCUAUUUCGAUCCAGGAAUUAAUUUUGACCCCAUUGUCACACAAGCUGAAGGUCAUUAGUUAUUGUGUUUCUAUCAAGGUUUGUCUGAGAUUACCGACAAAGGCUAAUUACAUAUAGUUGGGGAACACUACUUGAUACUGGACAUGGAAAUUUUUACCUGAAAAAGCGUAUGAUGCAGGCUAUAUAGAAUUGAGAACAUAUUGAGUUCUACCAACUGUGCCGAAAUGUUUUGACAAAAUUAAAUGAGUCACAGUUCAGGGAAUGAAGCAAAUGACAAAAUGGUAAAGGCUUUCGCGGCCAAGGUUUUCAAGUUUGAAAGCCAUCGUCAGCAAGAAAUUCCAAACCUGAAAAAUACUUAAACUAAAGCUUAGCUUAUGGAAUAUCUAACCAGUUUUUUGUUGCUACCUCUCUAUGUUGAUAAUGAGCAGCAGAAGCUCUUGGAACUGAAAUCGGGAGUUCCAAGAGGUACCAUUUUGAGACCACUGCUGGUCGCGGCACAUUCACAAAGAACUGAAAGCAUUUAUUGAAUCAGUUCUUCAGCAUGGUCUGAAAAUCAAUACUAGUAAUUUUAGUGAUCGUAUUUCUUGCUCUCACAUCAAAAACAUGGUGGAUCGUAAUGAAUAUCAGUUGGUUAGUGAAGUAGAUGUCAUAUUUGACUCAAAUCUUGAUGAUAUGGAAUAGAUACAUGAAUGGAGCAGGACAAAAAGCCUUGAAAGCCAGUAUAACAGAGGAAACUAGAGGGUACAAAAUUUCUGUUUGGGACUCAUUCAUAGAAUAAAAAGACGUCAGAAAAUCCGUCACGAACUUCCUUGAUGCUGGCUGAUGGAACAUAUCCGAUAGAUGAUAUCAUUAUUUCGCUAGAAGUAAGCUAUAUACAAAUUUUUGGGGAUCCUGCAGAUUCCUAAGAGUUUAUAGAUAUUAUGUCAUACACGAGAAAGUGGCAGCAUAACCUAAUUGUUACCGGCUGGUCAAUUUUCAACUAUACUUCAUACACUAACAGGAUCGGUACCGUAUUAAUAGUUACCCUCAAAAUUGACGCUCUCCUAGGAAAUGUAGAGCUGGUUUGCAGAUAUUCUCUUCAGGAGUGGUCACUCAGAUAUACAAAUAUGCCCAUUUGGUGUCCAAUAUCAAGAGGAACCUUGAAGUCAAUUAUCUUGUUUUGAAAAUGUCAGCAGCUUCUCUUAGCUCUACAAUAUAUUGGGAUCAAAUGAUUCUGACAUUGCUGUGACAAUGGUGAUUUCUCUGGAUGAUGAGGUGGAGAAUAUAGUAAAUUCCCCGAUUUUCAAAACCCCCCAAAAAGACUUACUGUCAAAAAAUCUUCAGAUCACGUGUGACAAAUAAGCACCGUAUAAAAACGAACCUCAAUACCAGUGAGAAAUUCAGCAUUUAAUGAAAAUGUCUGCACUAGACAAGACAAUGAUGACUAAGGCUAGGAAUCUCGAUUGACAAAUAGUAGAUGUAAGCAAUGCAGAGCAAAGGAAAUGUGGCCAUCAUCUCGAAGGCAUCCAUUUGUUUUCAAUAUAAGUAUAAAAUCAGCUCGUGUGAAUUGGAGAAUCACCCCGAGUACUAAGUACUACUUAUUCAGUACUAAGUGCAAGUAGCAUAGUUAGUAGAGUAUCAUUAGUUCGAGGUACACACGUGUCUGCCUUUUGUUCGCCCAUUGAUAAAAAAAAGGUGUCCACCUGCAUUAAACCUAUUGUGAUGAACUUCGCAUUUUAAUAAUUGAAGUUAAAUAUAUGAUAAGUUAUAUAGAGUUAAUAGUAUAAUAAUAAUGGUGUGUAAGAUAGACUGAGAAUCGAAAUAAUUUUACUGGAUCAAUAUUCAAAAAAAUAGAUCUCACCUACCGAAUCUUUGGGAAUAUUUUCAAUUGGUCAGCUGCAUUUGUUGUUUCUCUCUUUACUGAGAAAUUUUAGUAUCACUGGCACCUCAGCAAGUAUAAGCAGCCUCAGCAAUGACGAAUAUUAUCAUUCUUGCGCAGUUUAGAAUAUCAACUCAUUCUCAAAUUUGUUUCCUAGUCUCCCUCUUCAGUACCUACAUGGAAGCCAACAACAUAACACCUCUUUUUCUAGUUGAUUUGUAUUUAAAUGAUCGGGAGUUGACUUAUCUAGCUCCAAGUAGUUGAUAAAAUCUGUAGUUGUAAUCUACCACCUUCUUCUACAGAGUGGCCCACUUGAAAGCGAGGCAGCUCCCUAAAAUUUACAUCUUUUCUUCAAUUUCGAAGAACUUUAUUUUGAACUCAAAAAACUGUACUUUGGAACCAAAUAUCAUUUUCUUCCUACAAAAACCAAGAUAAACUACAAGAAAUCGUUUCAGCGAUUUUUUUUUUGGAUAAUUUGAAAUCACCAUCGAACUGGGAACCCUCCCAAAUGAUGGUAUACCAAAUUUCAUAAAAAAAUAUUCAAUAAUAAUGAUUACUGCGUUCUGGACUCGUGAACUUUUUGCUUCACAGUACCCCAAAAAAAUCUAGCGGUGCCAGGUCCGGUGAAUUUGGCAGCCACUCAAUGUAACUACCCUUCCAUCGAUUUCCAUAAUUAUUAUUCAGCCAUUCUCUGUAUUACAUACAUAUAUAGCCAUAACUGUAUUAGGUGCAGAAAACCCAUCUAAUUAAAACUUCAAAUUUAGGCGGUGCUGCACUAGUAAGUUAUGUAUUGCGUCCCAAAACUCAUUUCUCAAAAAGCCUAAAAUUAUAAUUCCAUUCAGAUUAAAUUCCAAAAAAAACGGGGACCGAUAAUCUUAUCAUGGAUUCCACACCACACAUUUAUUUUAUGGAAAUAUUGCCUUUUUGCGUUUAUAACCCAAUUAGGAUUAUCCGUAGCCCAGUAGGUACCUUGAAUUUUGUAACGAGACUACUCCAUUUGUAGUGAACGCAGCUUCAUCACUAAACAAAAUUGUUCUGAGCCCACAAACAUAAUUCUGGCCUUCUUUCUCCAUCUCCCGGUUCCAAGGUGUGUAAAAUUUUUGGCUUGAAUGGUUUAAUUUUGUUUUUUACAAGGGUAUUUAUGGAUAUUCAACUUCAAACUAGCCGUUCGCAAGCUUAAAUGUGGAUUAUUACGAAAUUAUUGCAAUAUUUGCACACCAUUUCUAUUCUUACGAUUUGGAUUGUUUCUUUUUUUGAGAAUUUGCCUUGAUACAAAACCUGUUUCGUCAAAAACACAAUUUAUACGGUUCACCGUACUGCUGCUCACCGAAAGUUCAACAGAAUGUCUGUUAUGAAAUUCUCUGGCAGCUUUUCUUGCCGAAAGAGCAUUAUCUCCUACAAGGCGCACAAGUUCGAUUUUAUCUCGCACACUUAGUUCUUCCCACGAUGAAUCACUUAUUCCUACCGGUUUACAAAAUACUUUUCUUAUUAAUCGAGCGUGAUCUGACAUUACUGUUUUUGACAGCAGCAAAAUCAACAAUAGCCUUUUGUUUCCAGUGCCUACGAAAAAUACGAGUUCUUGUAUUUUAACCUAUAAAUAUAUCCGCAGCAGGCCUUGUUUUUUUAUAAGACAAUGGUAUUCGGAGCCAAAGAACAGUUUUUUGAGCUCUACAAUUCAAAAUAAAGUUAUUCGAAUUUGGUGGGUCACACUGUAUACUUUUUGACAAAUGUUUGGAAAUACGGAAUUAUUUUCGAAUCAUCAUCCGUUUAGAGUUCGUCAACUUUGAAGUUUCGCCAUCGUCUCAAAUAUUUGUGUUACUGCUCUUGCUCACUGAUUGAGUUUUCAGCAGAAGCAGGACCAGUAACAUGUCUUGAUGAUGCUAUUUGAGAUGAUAGCGAAACGUCGACCUCUGAACGGAUGAAUUCUCGGAAAAACAAAUCCCUUCUCAUUUGUGGGUAACUCCUUUACUAUCUAAUUAUCGCAAGUUUUUGUGGCAGAUCACUGUUUUCUUGGGAGAGAUUGAGUAGUGUCACUUGUUUUUUGUUCCACAAAAAAAUUGAAACAACUCAAUAAAAAAACACUUCUUCAAACAUACCUACAGUACAAAUUCAGAAAUUGACUACUGGAUGGGAUAUUCACAAGAAAGUGGAGAAAACUAUUUCGAUUAUCAGUGAAUUAGAAACACCCUGUCAAUAACCUUGACGUGAUUGAAAAGCGUUCGUUUAAUAUAUCCGAACUUAGACCGGCGUGUCAUAUCGGUCUUGUAGUAUCUCUGGUCCACUAAAACAGUUUUCUAAAUCUCAGUUUGCUGUCUUUUGUGAUCAUAUAUGAGAUUUUAGAGAAAGAAAGAGAUUAUUCUUGUGGUCUAAAUGACCUUAAUAUAGAUUGUGGUCUAAAUGACGAAUAUUGUUGGCGUAACGAAGACUGGGCUACCAAGAUGUAGAUUUCAAAAAUCAAUAAAUGUACAUUUCUAAGAAUUCCUACGUAUUUAUUUCACUGAUCUAGGUUUUCACAUAUUUAUGUUCUAGUGGCUUUGUUUUGUUGUAACCUAAGUCCAAUAUAAUUUUCCAAACUCAAUAUCUAACGUAACAAAACUAAGCAGAACUUCUGUUAUAUGAUAUAUAUGAUAUUUACCAAAAACCAAAUUCAUAAUUGUUUCUCUGGUAAUGCACUUUGAACUCAAACAUUAUCGGUAGUCUGAAAUUGGGUCCAUUGAUGUUUCAUUUCGAAGCUUGCUAAAAGAAAUUACAGACAUAUCAUGAAAAUCAAUAUUUUAUAGAAUAUUGAGGCAAAGUGUACGUGAAAACUCCAAAAAGAAUUGUUUUAGAUGAAUUUGAGUCAACAGCGCAGAUCAGAUCAGGUUGCAAUAGUUCAAAUACCUACUGUGCGAGAAGUUCAACCUAACCUAACUUACGGUUGAAUAUAUCUAUUGUUUCUGUUGACCCGAAUUAAUAAAUUCCAUACAUGAUCAACAACUGGCCUAUUUUAACUUAUAAAUGUAUGUACCUUUUGAUUAUGAUACCUCCACCAGACAUACUACAGGUUAAUUAUUCAGUGAAUUCAGACCCAAGUUUCGUGUCCUAUUCUUGGGUACAUUUCCUGUAUAAUAUACUCGUACCGAUAUUCAUCAACACCCUGUCGAUGUUCGCCGUGUUAUGGACGUCAUGUGGACGAGCAGUAGCUUCAGGUUUUCCAAAAGUCCUGAAAGUUUCAGAUCUUUGAAGUCAUUGUCACAACUGAAAGCAUACUCCAAUAUGAUAAAUUAUACAAUAUAAAUUAUGGAAUAGUCUAGGUGGCAAGUUGAAAAACGUGUUAAUUCCGGUUUUUCGCAAAUUACUCAGAAAUUAUUGCUGAUAGAGAACGAUGAGUCUUGUAGUCGGAUAAUUAUCAAACAUAAGCUUGUGAAAUGUUUUUGUUUAUAGAGAUCCUGUGCUAGAUAUAAUCUACCCAAGUUCCAACAUUAGAUGUAAAUUGUUGAAAAUAAUGAUUCUUGAGAAUUGACAAUUCUUUCCCGAAAUUUUCCACUUCACAGCACUUCUUUAAACUUCUCUAUCAUCACUAGUUCUUGAAUAACUCGCCAGUCUUCAUUGGGCUUCUCCUUUGACGACAGUUCAGCAAAUCAUUUGUGGUUCAUCCUAGAGCCACUGAUGAGACCUAUGGCGGGUCGAAACUGUGCUGUCUUGUCUUGAUUCAUAUAUGCAUUGUGCUUGGUGAUUUUCAGCUAGUUUUACCUGGUGCUAAUCCAAAAAUAUAUUGUACAAAUUUCUCAUCUUUAAUUAAAUAUUCAGUUAUAGAAACAGUCAGUGGAAAUUGUAUUUUAUGCCUAUUUAUGAUCAACUUGUUGCUACAAUCAGCGAGUACAUGUCGUCCAAAAUCCUACUUUUAUAUCAUGUAUUUAUACUGAUUUAUAUUUGAAAAACUUCGAACUAUUCAUUAUCAUGACAAAUAUGUAUGAGUGAAACAGAUAACUAACUUGACAAUUAUAACAAUAAUGUUUAAUUAAUAAUGUAUUAAUUAACAAUAGAGUUUAAUACCAUUUUAAUAAAGAAAUUCUUUGGGCAUUUUUUGAAUUAGUAAUAAUUAUGAAUUAUAUAUAUAUCUAUAAACGUUUUUUUUCGCAGGGAAGAUUUUUGUUGGGCUACUCUGAUAAGAUAAUGCUAGAAGAGAUAUCACUAUCACGUGCUUUUUUCUACUGAGUUCAGUAUUGCAACUUCUUGAACAAACGAAUGAAGCGACCAAAUAGCCUAGAUCCCCAAUUGUCCAUUCUUACUUAGACUAAUAUUGCAGAGAUGUGUACCCGAUUUUAGAAUCGAAAUAAAGUACCUAAUGUUAUCCUAUUCCUUGGCUUCAUUCAUUUUCAAUUUCGCAAUAAAGUUAUGCUCAACC